UUUUAAUAAUAAAAAUUGUUUGAUGAAAAUUCGAAUGAUGUCUCGAAUAGAGUUAUUGUGGAAGCAAGCAUUAAAAACAUUCACUGGAUGUGAAUCAGCAGGUUAUAAAAUGUGUAAAAAUAAUUUUGAUAAACUCCACAGUAUGAUAAAUGAUAUCAAGGCUGAGGAUGUGGGUGUUGAUAAACGAGUACUUGAUCAUGUUGAAAAUGAUGUUGCACCCAUGUGCUGUAUUGAUAUUUUUGAAAACAAUGAUAUUACAAUCGCUAUUUUUUUAUUGAAGCAUGGGGAAACUUUACCUCUGCAUAACCAUCCUGGUAUGCAUGGUUUAUUGAAGGUGAUUUGUGGUACAGUUAAAAUAAAUAGUUUCACCCCAUUUCAACCAACUGAAAAUUUACCAAAUAGUACAGAAGUAGAUGCACUGAAACAUCCGUUAAAAAUAGUUGAAAUAAAUGAUCCAGCAUGUGUAUUAUUACCACACGACCAAAACUUGCAUGAAAUAACAUGUGUAAAAGGCCCAGCAGCAUUCCUAGAUGUCUUAAGUCCACCUUAUGAAGGAGUAUCCAAUCGAAUGUGUACAUUUUUCAAGCAAGUACCCAAUCCAGCAUCACCAUCCUCUCCAUCGUCGGAGUCGAAAGAUAACUCACCGAUAAAAGUAAAAUUAAUAGUCACAGAUCAACCUCCGUGCUUCUACUCUACUAGUCUGAGAUAUCUUGGGCCUCCACUGAGGUGA